AUGGAAAAAACGAAGUUUGUUCAUAACUUAUUUACCAAUUCAGAAACCCAAAAACGAAAAAUAACACACCUCAACGUGGGUAAUCUGGCCGGCGGCGGUCGGCAGGAGUCGGAGGCCGUGCGUCAGAUUGGCAAGGAGAGCAAGUCCCGCGGAAUACUCCCAACACAUCCCCAAAAUGGAAAACUGCCCACACCCGAACCCCUCACUCCCAUUCGAACCCGCGAACCUUCCGCUCACCAAUCCCCUCCCUCCCUCGUUACCACCCCCAACCCCCGCGAUACUGCCUCUACACGCAGACGGAGCCUCCGUCUCGCUUCAAAAUCACUUCCUUCUGCUGAUGUCUCCCUUCAAACUCCAACCAGCAAGAGGAAGAAGACAGAAGAUAAAGAAGCUCGGCUUGUUAAUGAAGGUAAUAUGAUCGAUAAAACGACUGAAUUAGAUGUUGGAGGUGAAUUACUAGGGGUUUUGAGUUUGAGGUCUGGGAAAAAAGUUGUUAAUAAUAAUAACAAUAGUGACAGUGGUGAUGAUUCAGUUGUUGAAAUUGAACGAGAAUUAGAAGGUGAAGUUAAGGAUUCGAGUGUUAUGUCUACAAAAGGGAAACACAAGGGAAAGGGGAGGGGGAAAUUAGGUAAGCAAGUGUUAACGUUGGAUGUUCAAGAGGAGUUUGUGGAAAUUUUGAGUGGUAAUACGGUCAAGAGAAGCAAAGAGUGUGUUUCCGGUGGCAAUUUAGAGGAGAAGUUGAGUGUUAAUGAGAGUGCUUCUUCAAGGAAAAAGAGGAAAUGUACUAGACAAGUGAAAAUGGAGAGGGGUGAAGGUGGCGGUAUUGCUGUGGAGGAGUUGGGGAAACGCUAUAGUGCUAAUGAGAGUGGAACAUCAAGACGAAGGGGGAAACAUAGCGGAGAAGUGAAAGUGGAGGGAGUUAAAGAGGGUGUUGUCGAGGAAUUGGAGAAAACCCCAAGUACAGAUGAGGAUGGCAUUUUAAGGAGAGGGAGGAGAUAUAGCAGAGAGGAGAAAGGGAAGAACGGUCAAGAGGCUGCUGUUGUUAUUGAGGAAUUGGGGGAAAAUGCAGUUGCUCUUGAGAGUGGAACUUCAAGGGGAGGAGGUAUAGCAGAGAAGACAAAGGGAAGGGGAUAUUGGUUGUUGAUGAUGGAUACAUUGCGUUUGGAACCCAGAGUUAAGGAUUUGGUUGAUGGUUUGGCGGAGAGUGUGGUGUUGGAAGAGGGAAAGCAGGAUGUGAGUGCAAGAAGUAAAGUGCCUGAAUCAAGAAUGGAGCAAUUUCGGGAUACAGCAAGAAAAAAUGCUUCUCGAUUUGCUCAUUUUGAAAUGGAGGAGGAUGGGGAGGAUCAUCAUGACGUAGAAAUGCCAUCUGAGGAAGAAGAGCUGGACAAAGUUGAAGACUGGCCUGGUCCUUUCUCUACUGCUGUGAAGAUUAUCAGGGAUAGAGCAAAUAGGCUUAACUUGCAAAAGGGAGGCUCCACUUUGGAGAAGGCAAAACCUGUGCCAAUAACAUGGAUUCCUAAAACUGGUCGGGCAAGUAAACGUUUAAAAGAAUUGGUUCCUUCCCUUCAAGAAUUAUGCAUGAAUAUUCUAGUGAAGAAUGCUGAUGCAAUUGCUUCGCUUGAACAUGUCCCAGAUGCUUUGAGGCAUAGACUAUGCCAAUUACUCUGUGAUUCUCGGAGAAUGAAUAGUCGUUUUUUGGCUCUUCUUGUCCAUGGAUCACCUACGGAGAUACAGAUUAGGGAUUGUUCAUGGCUAGCAGAGGAAGAGUUCAAAAAAAUUUUGAGGACAGGGCUUAUUGACCUUCGAUCCAUGGCCAGCCUGCUCAAGGCCAAGACCAUUUGUUUGUGUCUGCCAUCUUCCCAUCCAGUAGUUCUUUCUGAAUAUGCAAAUGAGUGCAUGCUUCUCUAUGUUCUACAACUUGACCAAUGUGGACGCUGCAUGGCAGAUUAUAUUUUACUUGCUACCUUAGCUCGGUCACAAGGUAGCUUGCCUAUGCUAACUACUUUAUCCAUCAGUGGAGCAUGCCGGCUCUCAGAUGCUGCACUUAGUUCACUUGUUUCUUCUGCCCCUGUCCUACAAUCUUUAAAUCUCAGCCAGUGCUCCCUUCUUACCUCUUCCAGUAUUGAUGCAUUAUCUGAUUCAUUGGCAACAACUCUGCGGGAAUUGUACAUUAAUGAUUGCCAAAGCAUGGACCCCAUGCUCAUUUUGCCAGCACUGAAGAAACUAGAACAUUUAGAAGUGUUGUCGCUCUCUGGAAUUCAAACUGUCAGUGAUAAGUUUUUGAGGGAGUUUAUUGUUGCACGUGGUCAUAAUAUAAAGGAGCUUGUUUUGACUGAUUGUGUGAAAUUGACUGAUUCUUCCAUGAAAGUCAUAGCUGAAACCUGCUCUAAAUUAUGUGCACUUGAUCUUUGUAACUUGAGGAAAUUGACGGAUUCUGCUUUGGGAUUUCUUGCAAAUGAUUGCCGAGAAAUCCAUACAUUGAAACUCUGCCGCAAUGCAUUCAGGCUUUUGAGUGGAGCUAUCACACUUUUUGAUGAAGCUAUUGCAGCAUUUGUGGAAACCUCUGGAGAGCGUUUGAAAGAACUUUCACUCAAUAAUGUUAAGAAGGUUGGCCACAAUACAGCCUUAUCUGUUGCUAGACGUUCAAGAAAGUUGCUAAGUUUGGAUUUGUCAUGGUGUCGAAACUUGUCAAAUGAGGCAGUUGGUUUGAUUGCGGAUAGUUGUUUAUCAUUAAAGGUGCUUAAACUUUUUGGAUGCAGUCAGAUUACAAAGGUAUUCCUAGAUGGUCACUCGAAUUCAAAUUUAAAAAUUAUUGGCUUGAAGAUGACUCCUGUAUUGGAAGAUGUCAGGGUUCCUGAACCGCAAGAAUUUCCAUUGCGUUAUUCCUCAGCGUCUUCUUCAAUCUGA